GCGCGCCCGCCUCUGCCCCCGCCGCCCUGUCCCCGCUUCCGGCCCGGUCCAGCCACCCGCGGCGACCCCGCUGAGGGGAAACCUGCCCCGGGCCGGUGGCCGCCGCCGCUCCGCCUCUUUUUCAAGCGAAGCCGCCGAUGACGCCGUUCCGCUCUAGUCGGCGCCCCGGAAGAGCUGAGGCGCGCUCCGCCCCCUGAUCCGGAAGCGACUCGCCGCUCCUCUUUCCGAGACGGCCCUGGAAGGAGGAGAGAUGCAAGAGGAGGGAGAGUGAGAGGGAAACACAGCCUCUACCUCACCGUAUACUUGCACGUGCUUUUAUCUGUGUGUUUGUGGUUAAAGUGAUGACCUGCAAAGAAGUUUAAGUCCAGCACGUUAAGUAUGUGAUUCUGUGAAGUACUCUGAGAUCUAAACUCCAGAUUCCUUGUCCCUUGAGGGUACGUUGACAUCUGUCUGAUACUAGACUGGUGAAUAGGAAGAAGGUCCCAUCUCUGGCCUGUUUGUGGAAGCUGGGAUGAUGAAGGCACUGCAGUGGGAACGUGCUGUGGUACAGGGUUGAAGCUCCAGCCCAUGUCUGGUAGUUAUAGAGCAAUUGGAAGGGUUACGUGCAGAGUUCUGGUAAACCUUUCAAGCCAAAAAUUUUGAGGCCUGAUGUCUGCUCAAGUAUGAAGAUUUCUGGAUGGGGAGGUGGCUUCUAAGAGACUUUAAUGAAAACAAUGUAGUCAUCUUUUGAGAAUCAAUAGAGUUUUAUUUUAACUUGCACACUCUGUAAACUGGGCAAACAAAAGUUAGGUGCCCUGUGAAGUUCUGACAGGGGACUGGAUGGAGACAGGAGGCCACUAAGAGCCCUUGCCUGUGCUAGUCUGGAUUUUAGAAUCUGGAAAUGGAGUUGCCUUUCAUAACUUGUACUCUUUAAAUAAGCAAGCUGUUGUAAGAUUUUUGUUUAAAUUGGCACCUUUCUGUUUAACUCCUGAAGUUCACAGUUGAAUCCAAGGGAGCCUUGGACAAUUACAAAGUUUAUUUGGAACAUGCGUCUGAUUAUUAAAUGAGAUUUUAUGUUUUUACAGAAUCAGCUUCACUUUGAUGUUUUUGAUGUGGAAGCUAAGCAAAUAAGGGCUUAUUUUAAAAAGGAAAAGCAAACAAACAAUCACCCAAACCUGACAUUCCAAACAAAAACCUUCCCUUAAUUCAGGUGCUGCUCAAUUGCAAAAAAUGCAUUAUCUCUUCAUAUGUGCCCAUCCUGUGAAAGAAAAAAGUCAUGUAAUUAAGUGUUACAUACAUAGGGCCUUGCUGUGGGCAGUGUACUUGAUAAUUAAUUUGGGUCAGAAAAGAAAGCAGAGGAAGGAAGGGAAGAGUCUUGCCCCAUCAGAUUCUGAUUGAAUCACAGCAACGUAAAUCCAGAGUAAUUCAGUCAGGCAACUGGCAGUCUGACUGCAUGCCACCGAUGCAAGCUAGGAUGGAAGAAUCUCAUUUCAACUCCUCCCCGUACUUCUGGCCAGCAGUGCCCACCGUCUCGGGACAGAUUGAGAACACCAUGUUUAUUAACAAGAUGAAGGAGCAGCUAUUGCCCACAGAGAAGGGCUGCAGCCUGGCUCCCCCCCACUACCCUGCCUUGCUGACGGUACCCACCUCUGUGGCCCUACCCACUGGUAUCUCCAUGGACUCGGACACGAAACCGGAGCAGCUGACACCACACAGCCAAGCCCCUGUGACUCAGAACAUCACCGUGGUACCAGUGCAGUCUGCUGGGCUCAUGACAGCAGGUCCUGGUCUGGUGAUAACUUCCCCAUCAGGUUCCCUGGUGACCACAGCCUCCUCUGCCCAAACCUUUCCCAUCUCGGCUCCUAUGAUUGUCUCUGCACUACCCCCUGGCUCCCAGGCAGCCCUCCAGGUGGUUCCUGACCUGUCCAAGAAAGGGACAACCACCCUCUCCGAAGGUGGUGGGGGUGGUGGGGGUGGGGGAGUUGCCCCCAAACCACCCCGGGGCCGGAAGAAGAAGCGAUUGCAGGAGUCGGGGCUGCCGGAGAUGAGUGACCCCUUUGUGCUGUCAAACGAGGAUGAUGAGGACCAGCACAAGGAUGGCAAGACAUACAGUAGUUCCGUGAGCAGCGGAACUAAUGAAGCCUGGUUUCCAGCGGCUCUCUCCUGUGUGGAUUCUCUGAUGUCUAAUCAAGGGUGCCGGAUGUGUUCGCUGACCUUCUACUCCAAGUCGGAGAUGCAGAUCCACUCCAAGUCCCAUACGGAGACAAAGCCACACAAGUGUCCUCACUGCUCCAAGAGCUUCGCCAACAGCUCCUACCUGGCCCAGCACAUUCGCAUCCACUCAGGGGCCAAGCCCUACACGUGCAGCUACUGCCAGAAGGCCUUCCGCCAGCUUUCCCACCUGCAGCAGCACACACGGAUCCACUCCAAGCUCCACACGGCGAUUGUCAAGCCGCACAAGUGUCCUCACUGCUCCAAGAGCUUCGCCAACACAUCCUACCUGGCCCAGCACCUCCGCAUCCACUCGGGGGCCAAGCCCUACACCUGCCGCUACUGCCAGAAGGCCUUCCGCCAGCUCUCCCACCUGCAGCAGCACACACGUAUCCACACUGGGGACCGACCCUACAAAUGCGCUCACCCUGGGUGUGAAAAGGCUUUCACCCAGCUUUCCAACCUGCAGUCCCACAGACGGCAGCACAACAAAGACAAACCUUUCAAGUGCCACAACUGCCACCGUGCGUACACGGAUGCCGCCUCAUUGGAGGUACACCUGGCUACGCACACGGUGAAACACGCCAAGGUCUACACCUGCUCCAUCUGCAGCCGGGCCUACACCUCGGAGACGUACCUGAUGAAGCACAUGCGGAAACACAACAUCCCUGACCCACAGCAGCAGGUGGUUCAGGCGCAAGCCCAGGCCUCUCAGCAGCAGCAGCACUUCCAGCCGCAGGGUGGGGGGGCAGCAGGGGGCCCUUCUGGAGACACUAACCAACCCAACCCUCCCCCCCAGUGCUCCUUUGACCUGACCCCUUACAAGACUUCAGAGCAUCACAAGGACAUCUGCCUCACUGUCAGCACCAGCGCCAUCCAAGUGGAGCACCUCUCCAGCUCCUAGAGAGACCUCAACCCAGGGAGCAGAAAGCCUCUUGUGCAUAGCCUGCGCCCAGGGGCACCGCUUGUGCAGUGGCCCUCCUCGUGCAACAGUCUCCGGCCUCUCCUCCUGCAACAGCCUCUUCUGGCCGUGUAACCCUGUUCAUGGCAGCCCCUUGAACAACAGCCUGUUUCAAGGGGGUGCUCCUUCUGUGCAACAGCCUGCCUGGUAGGAGGAUGCUUCCUUGUGCAAGAGCCCCUUUCCUGUGCUGGGAUCACUUCCUCAUGCAAGAGCCCCUCCUUUCAAACCCAAAGAAAGGCCCCCAUUUUGCCUUCUCUCUCACUGUAGAAUGCGUAUGAAGGGGGGGUGCGUGUUAAGACAUGCAUGGUGGAUGGGAUGGAGAGACGGUCCUUGUACGUACAGGGGCUCGGACACAUGUUUUCAGCAGGCCACAGAAGAAUGUGGCAGGGUUCACAGCUGAAUGGGGUACUUUGAGGAUUUCCUUGAGUGUCUAAGAGAGAAAUAUCCAUUCCUAUCCCUCCUGCUUGUGAAAGGGAGGAAGGGUCGCUCGUCCUGCCCCAAGGACUGGAUGGGAGAAACCUCCUUCUCCCCAGUGGAAGGUGAGACCAGUGCGGGGGGGGGGAGAGGUGAGGGAUGUUCUCUGGGCUGGACAGGUGCCUACACUGCCCAAGGGCUGUGGAGUGUUGCGCUCUUUCUCCUCCCCUGGUGGAGAGCAAUAGAGAGGAGUCUGUCUGAACUGGCUGCUGCCUCUCUCUCCCAGCUGUCUGAGCAGCACGAUGGCCAAGGGCCCGUAGGAACGUGGGUUCCUGCUCAUUGCUCUUCCUGCCCGUUGUGGAUGAUGUCCUAGCAGCUUGUACUCCUCCUCUCCCUCCCGCUCCCCCCCCCCCACCUCCUCAGAAAAGCCUGCAGGCAUCAACAACAAACCAAAAAGCAACUGGAGGGAGGGUAAGAGACUGCCAAAAUAAUCAUCACCCUUCUCUCUACUCCCUUUCCUGAAAGGCGGAACGACAACAGUUCUGACUCUCACACGCCUGUCCUGCCCCUAGUUUCCCAAAGGGAAGGAGGAGGAGGAGGAAUAGACCAGUCUUUUCAAGGAGCCGGCAGGAGGCAGGGAAAGGCUAGCUUCUCCUGCUCGCCUCCCAUCAGAGUGCUCUCCCAGGCUCCCUCUUGCCAAGGCGGGCUGGACUCACAUGGCAGUGGUGGCCUCUUCUGGACUGUGGUCAUGGGAGAGAAUCCCCAAAAGGUGGACAGUGGAGAGAAGGGGAUGGAGAUCCCCACAGAGAGACCAAUUUAAUGAGAAGGGGGAGCCAACAAGAAUAAACUGAAGGCCCCUUGAAUUUAUAUAUAUAUAUAUAUAUAUAUAAAUAUCUAUUCCCCACCCCUGGCCCGCUCUGUCCUUGCUGUAACUGUUUCUAUCUCUGUGUUUAUAAAACGCAUUAUCCUGGCGAAUUUUUAUUUUCAAUCUUCGUUUGUUUUUCCCUUUCUCUUCGUCUUCAAUUCUCCUUCCCUUUUUUUUUUUUUAAUUGGUCCACAUGACUACUAGUCUUGUGUGUCACUUGUUAGUUUCUUUGGAUCAUGGAGGCUGACUCGGAAGAGAAUGAGAAGGCAAGGGAAAAAGCAUGUGUUGUUGGGAUUUAAAAUCAAUCACCCACCCAAAGCCUAUAGAAUCCCAGACUUCUGUAUGAACAACCAAUAGGGGCUUUUUUUUUUUUUAACCACCUUGUAUAGAAAUAAAUUGGUGUAAAAGGCUCCUUGAAGGUGCUGCUGCAAGCACCCUGCCCCUGUGACGUGUGUUCCUUCCCCCUGCACCAGACCACUGCACGAGCAUCUUGCUGCUGUGAGUCCUGAGCGGCUGUGCGGACGGAGGCGAGGGCAGCGCAUCCCUGCUUUUGGGCAGCCUUGCAGUUCACACAAGGAGAGUGAGGAGCUCUGCACCUGCAGAGCCUGUGGCAGAAACCUUUUUCUCUGCGUUUAGUCACCAGGGUUGGCUGUGAACGGUUGCAGUGUUUUGUAGAUCCAUAGGUUAGGCUAGAAGAAGCUGUCUGAUUUGACUCUUGCAUUUCACAGGUGACAUUUCAACCCAUGUAUCCUGCAUUGAGCCCCAAAAACUAAUGUGUAUUUGAAGUAUAAGUUGAUAAAAUGCAUUGGCUUGAUUUUGAGGCACUGGGACACAGAGAAUCCCUUCCAUUGGUAGCCUGCUGCAAGGGCUGCAUGUUCUCACUGUUUAAAUAUUUAAGCCCGAUUUCUUCUUUGGAUCUGUUUGGUUUUGGCUUCCAGUUACAAAUUCUGGAUACAUCCAUCCCACUGAUUCAGAGAGCCUUAGAGCACAGUGGGGCUUUUUCCCCUGGACUGGUAUUUAAACACUAUAAUAUCACUUCUCAAUCCACUUUUUGACAAGCUAAAUACAUGUCCUUAAAUCUUCCACUGUAAGGGAUUUCCUCCAGCCCAUGAAUUAUUCUUGUCUUUUCUUUCUACAUCUUGUAAAAUUUUUCAGUAUCUUGUAGAAGUGUUCAUUUCGGAAUUGAGUGUUCGAGCCCCGAUGCCAUGGACAAGGUUCCCCUGCCCUUUGCCUUAAGUCUGCAGAGGAUUGCAUUUGCCCUUUUCUCGCAGCGUUAUACGGGAGCUCACGUGAGCUGCUUGUCUGGUGUGACCCUUAGAUCAUCCGAAGUCUCAGCUUUCCAUGAUAGUGUUUCCCCCUUUCUGCAGGUAUGGUCUGAGUUCUUCUUUCCUAGAUACUUAACAUGAGGCUGUAUCGAAGUCCAGUUUGUGUGAAUGGACCUGGCUUCCCCAUGGUCCAGGUUACUCACUGCUCACCACAAACUGCAUCAGUUAUUUUUUACUUUCGGAUCCAGGUUGAAAAUGCUAUAUUGCAUCUGACCUACACUAACUUGAAAAGCAUCAUUCAGAGCAACUUUUUAUUAGCUUCUUUUUGAGACUUGCAGGCUAGGCAUUUCUUAAUCCUCUUAAUAUGUGGUUAUGUACAGUAAAUCUUUUUGACUUAUGGUGCUAGGUCAAUGCCUUACAAAAAUUUAAGUAUGUUGCACCUAUGCAGUCCCCUUUGUUAAACCAAAUGUAUAAUGAUGUCAUCUAAGAAUGAAAUUAAGGUUUGGGUUUUUUUCUUUUUUUCCUACAAAAUCUAUAUUUCAUAAAACUUUUGGAUUAUAGGUUUUAUUUUUCAUUCAUUAAUUCUUCAUCUCAACAGCUUUUCCAUAAUUUUGACAUUGAGUCAUUUCAUUUGCCUUUUGGGAAUACUGUCAUGAAUGUCUUAAGGUAUUUCUCUAAUAUCCCAAGUUUAAUUAAAAUCUGAAUCAAUGGGCUAGAGAGCUUGUUAGUGAAGUCUCUUAGGACUCCUGUUUGUUUGCCAACUUUAUACAUCCCUACUAGUUGUUGUCUGCUCUCCUACUUUGAUACUAAGGUACUGGAUAGAAGUUGCUAUUUUCAUAUGACUGCCACAUUCUGUUUCCUUCUGAAUAUGGAAUUGGAAGUGCUUGUUGACUGAUUUCCCCUGCUGUAUGUUAAUAACAUUUUCAACAUUUUUAUCUAGCAUGGAUCAGUACUAUUAGUAAGAUUUUUUGUUUAUUUUUUAUUUAAAGAAAGGAAUGAAAGAUCCAACAUCCCUUUCCUAUUACCAGUAGUUUUGCUAGCCACAGAGGUUUCCUUACCAGUUUUCUCUAUUUUAUAAUGUCUAAUUUAUGUCAGUUGCUGUCUGGCCUUCCCCUUUUCCGUGUGUUAUGUUUCAGGGUUGGGUUUUUUUUUUUAAAUUGUUUCUUCUUGCUCACAGAGUUUCUCACUGAACCCAGGAUGAACUUUUACCAAAAGUUUUCCUCUUUCUUGAUUGUGGAAUUAGGGCUUUUUUGGCCACAUAAUAAAUUUUUCUUACAGCAGAGUUUCAUUUACAUUUUCCUGCCUUAUUUCUUUUUUUCUCAUGGACAACUCAGUUUAUAGUUUUGCUCACCUUGGAAAUUAGCACAGACUCAGCACAGGUUUAUUACUGCUUGUGGCUCUUCUCUGCAUGUCCGUAUUCCAUAUGAACAGGACAAAAUUGCCAGUUUCACUCAAGUUGUUGUCUUGUCUUGUAUGCAUCACCUUGAAGUCUGAAAAAAUUGACUUGUUUCGGGUGCAGUGUCUUGUAUUAAGAAAGCCACAGUUUUAAAAGUUGGAAUGAUGUUUUACCAACUGGUUGAAUUCCCUGGGGAAUGUCUUACAAUUCCUUGCAGUGGUUUUUCAUUUUACAUGUUUGAGGUGCUUGAAAUUGCCUUUCCUGGUCCCUGGAUUGAUGUGUUGUUUUCUAAUGUCUGCUAUCCUUCCCCUUCUUUGAAUCUGUUACCUAGCAUGGGGGUCCAUAUGUAUUUAAGGCUGUACAAUUCCUGUGUUACCAGUUAUUUCAAAGGUAUUAUUGAUUGUGUUUGUGUAGUUUGCUGCUACUCCUAUAGCUUUUACUGUCACCCAGGAAGAAACUAAUGAUUUUUUACUAAGGAACCUUCCCAUCAAGUUUCAGAAAUGCCACUUUAUUCCAGGUCUCUCUUUUUUCCUCAUCAAUGAGAAUUUCUUACUUCUCUGUUUACCCAGAGUCCCCCAUUGCUGUUGUAGAAAUAAUUGAAGAUACCUUACUCUCAUUAUCUUUGUCACUUACUUGAGUUUGGAUUAGGUCUUCCUCUUUGGAUUCCCAAGGCUGUUGAACAUAUUCAAGGUGCUUCAGGUGGUUUAAAUAGCUGCUGCCUGUGGGAUGCAAAAUGUAAGAUGUAUGCAAAAUUCUUCCCUGUUGAGAUGAAGCAUCAGGCUCCACAGCCUGCAGCUUUUCAGCUUUGUGCACUCAAGCCAACAAUGGUUCAAUUAUUUAACUCCCACUCACAAGAGUGGAAGAUUCUUUAACAAGAUCCCAUGCUCCUUCCUCUUCAGCUGCCUGAAUUCUUUGACCCUGCAUUUUCUUCGUGAUGCCAGUCUAUUUGUUUCUGUACACCUGUACCCAAGAAGACUUGACAAUGACCCUGGAGUUCUGUAUUAGGUUGCAUCUUGUUUCUAUGCUGGAAGGUGGUAGCACUUUUUUUUCUUCUUCUCCUUUACUGAAUUGGUUGUCUGUUCUUUGCUGAAUUUUGCAUAUUAUUGUUGCUUUAAAAGGAAACAUCAUGUAGGCUGGAAAUAAUUUAGAAAAGUCACCCACAAACAGUAACUGAAUCUCAGCCGUGACUAAUGAUAGUAUUGCUGGUCUAUAAUUCAGUUAAAUCUUCAAGAAAGAUUUAAGACUUUCAUCAUUUAAAGCCUUAUGGUUAAUCAGCCAUGUCCCUUAUUAGAGUUUUUUGUUGGUUAUCACUGCCAUUAAAACUGCCAUUCUAUUUUACUACUACUUUUUUUUUUAAUCCAUAGGGUUGUCUUAUGCCUUUGUUCAGUACAUUAAAGUCUUCUGCUAUAAGAAGUCUUUUUUCUUUUGUAAUGAAUUACAGACCAUGAUUGAGUCACUGUCUUCAUCUUUCCAAACAGCUAAAUUAAAUUGAGCUGAUUUAGGUGUCUCACACUAAGGCUUGGCUCCAUCACAUAGUACCUAUCUAUUGCCUUUCUCUUUCCUUUAUGAAUGACCGGGCUGUGUAGUGUUCAGUUGUGAGUCUUGCUACGUUAGGCCUAGACGGUUAUCUUGACCCACCAAACUUACAUUGCCAUAAAAGGAUAUGUAGUUCUUUUAACAAGAUCUUUUUCUUUAAAUUACAACAAAUAGCAUUAUGUUUCUUUUCUUAUCUGACUGCAACCUGUAUAAAUUACACUGUGAUUUUGCCAAAUCAGUGUUAGGUUAACUGGCUUACAGCAACCUGGAUGAUCCCAUUUACUUUCCAAAUACUUUUUAAGCAAAAGUAUUUGCUGGUCUUCUGGAACACAUUCAGAGCUCCAAAGUUGUUUGGAAGAGAAAGCCCAUUGCUUCCAUCUGCUUGCCAGAUAAUUCUUUGAGAAUUAUUGAUUGUGAGUUUCUAGCUAUGCAACUUCUAGGAUGUUUUAUUUAAUGGGUAGAACUAAACAUCUUCCUAAAUCUCAUUGGCAAUAGGUAAUUUGUCUACAUCAUCCAACUUUCUUCCUAAUAUAGAAUAUAAUUAUGAGAUUCUGCCUGUCUUCUAUAUUUUUAUUGAUUAUUUUAUCAUCUUUAUAUCAACUAAAGGAUAUAUAUCACGUUUAGGAAUUUCUUCUAAUAUUUUGCAGGUAAUGUACCCUAAAGCUGCCCAAGUUUACUAGUGCAGUUUCAGAACAUAGAAUGAAAUUGCUCUGUACAUUUCCUUAACUACAAGAUAGGUACCUGUUCAAUCGUCAUUUCAGGUACAACAGAUUAAAUUUGUGUGCAUGGUUUCUUGUUUCUGUAUAGUAGAACACCAAAGUAUUAGAGAGAUGUAGUAACUUGGUCCAACAAACAUUUCGAUUUCAUGUAGUGUCUAUGUAAUGAAUGGAAAAAAAAACUGCAAGAAAAGAAAUCAUGACACCAAAGAACUAGAGUCUAUGCCUAGUUUUGCUACUGAAUUAGGAUAUGUUUUUGGAAUGCGGACACAGCUAUAAUCUGGGGCCUUUGGCAUCUUUCAUUUGUAAAGCCGAUUAACCACCUUGGGGGCAAGUGCCGCAGCUCAAAUUGUUUGAUGUUUGUGAGGAUGAAGUGUGGGUACAUCUAGUCUUUCCUGAAGAGAAGGAAAUGCAGUGCAGGGACCUCUGAACUGAGAACUUUAAAGAGUGAGAAGAGCUGAAUGUGAACCCCUACAGCAAAAAGGGAAUGAGACAAGACUGAAGUUGUAGGCCUUCUGCUGGGGGUAUGCUUAAGGAUCCCUCUCAAGCACUGGCCUUCACCUUGUGGUCCUUGGACAACAUUUAAGAGGCCUGUAAGGUAACAAAAAAGCUGGAGGCUUAAACUCCAUAUUCUUGUAUGCAGAUGUUUACAUUUCCAAGGGAAAAUACACAGACAUCUGUAGAUCAAUAAAGGUUGAGAACCACUACUCUAGACUACUUCAGUAGGCUAUUUAGCUUCCCUUCCUGAGAUGCAUAGGCCUUCUGGGCAGUACACGCACUCAUCAGUCAGGUCCUUCAUCUAACUAGAAGCUAUUUACCGGUUUAACAAUAGGAUGUAAUUGAAGUAGCAAAUUCUGGGGUGUGGUGUGGU